AUGUUGGCAGCCAUGUUGGCUAUACCAACACUCGACACCAUUCCCUUUGAUAUCAUCUACCAGAUUGCCACCCUACUGGAUGCUACUGACUAUGUGCAACUAAGUCACACCAACCGAGCUAUAUAUGCUCAAUUGAACGUUGACUCCAUUGCACGAAGCAUUAUCAAGAACUCCCUCGCUUAUAGCAGAGAAGGUCGCACCGCCUUGGUUGCCCAAUCUGGUUACCCCGAGGCUAUCCGGCGGUGGGUCAACAUCAACGAAGCUGUAGCCACGGCAUCUCCGUAUGCAGUAGCGGUGCUGGCAUAUGCGACCCAUUUUCUUUAUCACCAGGGAAUCCUAUGCUACCACGUUGAACAUGAAAUCCGCUUGCUCGAUGUGUAUCACGCCGACCGACAGGAACGCCUCUUGGAUUUGCGCAAUAUCAUUCCGCGACUGGACAGUAGCUCAGUAGCGACAAGCGUUGCUCCUCUGAACCGAAUCACCCUUCUCUAUUUCAAUAACGAGAUCCUCGUGUUUUGUCUUGACGGCUCCGGAGGCCAGAAUAGUUGGUUGAUUGCUAUUGACACAGCCCUCCAACGUGGUCGCCGCAAGCGACUAUUACUGCAACGAUCCGUUCCUGCAUCUGCCCCGAUCUUUGUACGGCACACUCAGUCGUAUCUAUGGUACGGGGUGUUCCUGGCUACCCUCGGUCCGCAAGGGAGCUGGGUAUGUUACGGCGUGGACAUGACCACCAAUGAGGCUAUAAGGGUCUACUUGAAUGGUGUUGUAGAAGGGGAGAUUGGCCAGACCCUUUGUUUUGAAAUGUACCAGGACCACCUAUACGCCGUUUCAACUCACGUGACUUACGAUGAUGAUGACCAUUCUUCUUUUUACCACUGGUUCUGCUAUUCACCUCAACAGAAGAGCCAGAAGUGGAGUGGUCGUAUAUGGCGCCGUAACCACCGUGAAGGGCCCAUCAACGAAAUGUGGACGAAUCUUUCCAUUCAAUUUGAUCAGACUACUGGGGGGCCAAUUGUUGUUGAAUGUCGCCGCGAGUGGCCAAAUGGGAAUAGCGAGAACCAUCGGACAAUUUAUCGCGAAGCCCUACCGACACCUGCCAAAUUACGGUUGGACUAUCCGAGAGGGGGCAUUGAGUCUCAUUCAUGGAGUGACGGCUUCAAUGGAGCUCUCAGCGGCUCUGAGAUGCACCAUAUGAACAGUAGCAGGCCAAAAAAACGACUCCGACGUAAUUGUCACGCAGAAUAUGAAUCUAGUGACCCAAGCCAGAGGCGAGAAUUUAUCGCCGCGUAUACCAAGCACCACUGCUAUCAUCUUGCCGCCUCAACAUUUAUCGAUAUUGUGAACGAUCCUGAGCGUCAAGCAGAUGGUGUUCACAUUCGAGACUUCCUUCGCCUUCGCACGAUCUCGCGGAAGCGUAAAUCCCCCAUUGAUGAAAAAGGUAUCGCCGGAAAACCAGGUCUCCUUUAUCCACCGACUCAAUUCGACGCCAACGGCCGCGCUGUCGAAGGGUCAGAUGAGUGCUUCGCUUCCCGUGGAAUGAACAUGUGGCCUGCUGAAGACGCCCCUACCGGGCUCUGCCGUCUCUUGUGCCCUUCUUCGUGCUCGGGCAAGCUGCGUGCCAUCUUAGAUGAAGACACGCUCGUUUACUCCGUCUCUUCGCCCGGCCUACCCUCCGGCCACCUAGCGAUCAUCUUGAUAAGCUUUGACCCUAUGCUUCACAUUCCUACCCUUACACCAUUGGGCGUAUCAGAGGACCGUCUUCAUCUGGAGAGUCCCUUCCCUGUAGCUCUCACGAAGCCAACAGAGUCAGACAGAGGGAUUGUUAAACAGGCUGUCCCACUUUAUCGUGUAAUAAACCGAGGUUGUCGGUUACGAUAA